AUGACGGGAAUCGACGUCCUGAGCUUCGCGGAACGCCUCGCGACGGACGCCGACGCCGACGCCGACGCGCCGACGCUCGAAGAAACGCUCGAACUCUGCGCGAGCGACGUGCGAGAGAAGAAACUCGUCGGCGCGCUGCUCGCGACCAAGGUGCUGGCGCGCGUCGCCGAGCGGCAGCGCGCGUCGACGUGCGAUGCGAUCGCGAAGGCGCUGGGCGCGAAGUUUUUGAACGCGCUGCUGAAACCGGCGGCGGCGGACGCCGACGCGGAGUCGAGACUCGACGCGACGAUGCGAACGUCGCUGGGCCUGAGCGUGUGCUCGGCGCUGUGCCAGAGCGAUGCGUUCGCGUCGUCGAAAACGAUGGCGUUUUGGGUGCCGACGUUUGAAAAAUGCGCGGGGAGAGUGGCGAGGAGCGGGUUUGAGGAUUUGUGCGACGAAGCGGCGGCGGAUGCGUUGGAAUGCGCGUUCGCGCACGUCAUCGCGAAGAGUAAAUUGGCGGAAGCGGCGAGUGCGGGCGAGGGGGAGGCUGUUGAAGUGCGCUUGCGCGUGCCCGAAGGAACGGUGUUGGCGGCGAAGGAGGCGCUGAGGGAGGGGAAGUUGUGUAAGUUGUCCGCCGUGGCGAUGGACGUUUUCGACUACUCGAUGUGUAGUGAGUUCUUGAAUGAGCAGUCGGUAGAUUCGGUGGAGAUUGUGUCGUCGUUGGAGAUUUUGCCGCAAAUUUGCAAGAUCAUGCGCGAGGCUGCCGGGUCGGAGUUGCAGCUGCGCGCGAUGACGGUGUUGCACCAUUUGUACACAUUUUUCUUGCCUCUUCCACCAGAGGCGCCGCGCCGAGACGUGUUUCAAAGUGGCAUUGAGCGCGCGAAUCAGGAUAUUUUAGAAGCGAUGUGGGUCGUCUUAAACUCGCGAACGCCUAGACUUAUGCGCUUCUAUGCGCUGGACAUCACGGCGCUCGCAUCGAAUGUGGUCAACACGAAGAAGGGAGCCCCGAACGCUGACAAUUUUUUACCGUGGCUCCUCGCGAUUGACGCCCAGCCACCACCGGUGGUUCUAGCGGGAGCCGUGAGUGCUGGCGCCACGAAAAAAGUUCCGAGCUUGUUGGCACUCAUAGUGGAGCUAGUUCGAGUGGAGAUCAGCGUCGCUUUGCACGGCCUGAGCGAUGCGACAAAGGGCGUGGAUGUGAUGGCAGAACUCGGUUUUGGGAGCGCGAUGCGCUUAUACAGUGAAAUCAUGAUCACGAUAAGUGUGAUCGUAUCGCAAGUUCUGAGUGAAGAUGGCGAAAUCACCGAGCGCGGGAAAACGCUCUUGAAGGACGAGAUGGGUCGAUUGAGCAUUCAAGAGUUGAUGCGGAUCGAGGCAACGAACAGAGACAUCGUGAACACCAUGCUCGAGGCGUUUGAAGACACGGAGACGCGAGAGAUUUUCAGCGUGGAAACUCGUCAAGGUUUGAUGCAGGCGAUUAUGUUCAAUUGGGCUGAAUCUCCGUCCACUUGGCAGUCGCGAUUCGCGAGGUUGAUGCCGUAUUGGUUUGGUGAAAUGCUCGAGCUCGACGCGCGACGCGUCGAAAGCCCGUUAGAGCUCGAUGCCAUAAAGAUGUCGCGCACGAUCGGCUUCAUCCACGGUUUCAUGUCGAUCAUCGAAGACGUCGAAGGGGUGGAGUUGUUGAUUGAGAGCAAGUUCUUAUCGAUGUUCUCCGACGUGUACGUCGCCCAUGCUUCGAAGCGAAUCGACGCCGCAGAGUCGUAUGAAACUUCGGUUUAUUUGAGUACUUGCUUGCGCGCGAUCACCGAGUCGAUCGACACGCUCGCGAAAGCGACGAGUUCAGCAGACUCACCGAUCCACGCGUUACGCGCAUCUUUCAUCGAAUCGAUGGAACUGAUGCACAAGCGCGUGCGCGACAGUUACCUCGAGCGCUUACCGGAAUCGAUGCGAGAAAAGAGCAACGUCGACGAGUACGUUGUCGGCGAAAAUGGUGAACGCUUUAGCGUGGCGGAGAAGGCAUACGCGGAGGAGGUACACGCCGUUUUAAAAAAGCGUGGAGUCUUCGCCGGUGACGACGCUCACCUCGACAGCGUCACGCGCGGCUUCGAGAAGCUUUAA